AUGAGAGGAGUUGGGCGGGGUGGAAGUGGUAGGAUGCCUCUGGGAUGUCAGGGUAUGUGGUGCUGGUCAGGUUUUCCGGUUCGCGAAACCGGAAGUAGAAUGUGGAGUUACGCGUUUAAUACGAUUGGAAUGGCUCGACGUAACGAAUGUUUGGAAUGUAAAGUAUUUGUGGGAGGUCUACCAAAUGAUGCAUCAAGUGAAGAAGUAACUUUAUGA